CUAUUACUCAAAUUUUUAUAUGCGGAAGAAAUUGCACGGAAUAUUCGUUUCUCAGAAUUUCCUACUCAGAAAUCGAGUUGUCAAGAAUCAAGACUCGCUGUUGAUUGACGCAACCCUUUUUUAGGUAAAUAUCAAGUUUGUAUACAGUGACGAACCAGGUGACCCAGUAUGGCUGAGCCGUCAGCUCCUCCCAGCUAUAUGGAGGCUACUACUGACCAGCAAUACCCCCCUGGACAGCCCGGAGUAGCCCCUUACCCACCUGCACAAGGUGCUCCUUACCAGGCCGCUCCAUACCCACCAGCUGGGCAGCCCUACCCACCUGCUGAGGGUGCAGCCUACCCACCACAAACGGGAGGUACAGCUUAUCCACCACCAGCAGGAGGUACAGCUUAUCCACCACCAGCAGGCCAGCCUUACCCUCCACCCUCUGGACCACCACCACAGCAAGCAGGGUACCAGAGUGCACCUCCACCAGCCAGUUACGGACAAGGAGGAGGAGGAGGAAAUCCCCAUGGUGAUGUGGAGGAAGGCUUCACAGCUGAAAGGGGUUUCAACAACAAAUCCAUUCGAGCUGCUUUCAUCAAGAAGGUAUACUUUAUCCUCUUCAUUCAGUUGUUGGCGACCUUUGGAAUUAUCUGCGUCUUCGUUUAUGUAGAGCCUGUGAAUUCAUAUGUGAGGACUAACAGUUGGCUGUACUGGUGCUCUUACGCUCUGUUCCUGGCUAUGUACAUUGUCCUUGCGUGCUGCCCUACCGUUCGUAGGAAGUAUCCUGGAAAUGUUGUUGCACUGGCAGUGUUUACCCUCUGUCUAUCUUACAUGGCUGGAACAAUUUCAAGCUACUAUGGGGACAAUGCUGGUCAGUCAGUCUUGGUCUGUAUGGGUAUCUGUGCGGGAGUGACCCUUGGUGUGAGCCUGUUUGCCAUCCAGACCCGGUUUGAUUUCACCUCCUGUGGGGGGUUUCUCUUUGUGUUCAGUCUCUCUCUAUUCCUCUUUGGGUUCAUUGCCAUCUUCACUCGCAGCAGUAUCCUCUACACAGUUUAUGCUUGGCUGGCAGCGUUGCUUUUCACAUUGUUCCUUGCAUAUGACACCCAGCUGCUGAUCGGAGGGCGCCGUUAUGAGCUGUCUCCGGAAGAAUACAUAUUCGGUGCCAUGAACCUGUACGUGGACAUAGUCUACCUCUUCCUCAUCAUCCUUGCCUGCUUUGGCGGGGGGAAGUGAUCUUAGGAGCUGGCCCUCUCUCUCUCUCUCUCUCUCUCUCUCUCUCCUCCCCCUCUCUCUCUCUUUCUCUCACUCUCUCUCCCUCCCUUUCUCUCUCUCCCCCCCUCUCUCUCUCUCUCUCUCUCUUCUUUAGAGCCAUUAUCCCCCUUUCCAUAAUUGGAGAGAAUAAGUGGUCAUGUGACCUGUUUAGCUGAUCAGGUGAUGCUCCAUGGCAAACAACACAUGGCUGGCUGAUUUAAACUCUUGAAUGGCAAAUAUCCUUUCACAUUUACAUGCACUAAUCACACCUAAAAACUAAUUGAAAAUGUAGUGACUUUAGAAUAGUGUAAAGUCGAUCAUCUGUAUAAAUACAUCUAGCAUUAGAAGUUUAGAACCCAACAGGAAAUGCGUAAAGCAAAGAGGGAAAAGACAAUUUUGCAUUUUGGAACUGUGUAUUACAAUAAUUUGAUUCUAAAAAAAGGUGUUCCUUUGUAUAUACUCAUCUUAUUCAUUUCAUCCAGAUUGAUAGGGAAAUUAAGUUUGGAUUUACUUAUUUCAUGUUGCAUGGUUAGGAAAAUUCAUGUACAGAAUUAGACAUUACCAUUUGUAAGAUCAGACAAAUUUCUUCUCAAAUAUUCAUGUUUUCCCUACAAUUGUUCACUGCUAUACACCCCAUGUAUAAGGAUUGAAGAAUAUAUAUAUACACCAGUAUAUAAAUAUCCCGAAAGCAUAAUAAUUGCAUGAUCAAUUUCAUUCAUCAUACCAGUUACACAUACACUUACACUGUCUAUCAAAAACAUGUACUAUAGAAUACAUUUAUAUACUAGUAUAUUAUAUUUUCUUUUUUAUAUGUAGAAUUAUAUCAUUCAUGCUCAUUUUAUUGCCAAUAUAAUUCAUGUUGUUGUUGUGUGUUGAUAGGAAAAAGGUAUUUAGUGUCAUGUUCAGCUAUCUAAGGGAGGCUUUCUUGUUCAAGUUUACAAUUAUAUAUAUGUAAAUAUAGAUAAUAGGCAAUCUUAUUUGGGGUUAUUCAAUUCCAACAGAAAUGGAAUAGGCUAGGCUCAAGAGAAUAAUAGGAAUUAAAUGGAAAGAAUAAUAUACUUUCAGCAAACCAAUAGAAAAGGCAAAAUAGAUAACGAAUAGUACUAUUGGAGAAAAAAAAAGGAUAUUGAAAAUGUGUAGGUGAAAAUGUUAUUUGAUAUCAUUGUCCUAAAAGAUGUGUAUUCAUAUAUAUAUAUAUAUAUAUAUAUAUAUAUACAGGCAAGAAGUAUGCUGCACUUCAUAGCUGCUUUAAGAAAAAUCAGAGAUCGUCUAUAGUUCCUUUUUGCAUUUUUCAUUUGUCAAUACCAAUUGCUAAGAAAUGGGAAGAAUUAAAUAUAUUUACGAAAGAAAUAUAAUCUGCAUUUUAUAACAAUAUCUGACAAUUACAGACUACAUGCUUACCAUGCCUAUCUACCAAAUGUUAUAGGCAUACCUCUGUGAUGAAAAUGUAAAAGAUAUAUGAAAUUAAUGAUAUUGUUACCUUUUAUUGUACCCAAUGCCUUAAAAAAAACUUUUGAUAAAUCAGGAUUGAAAUCAAAUGGACUGAAGUCCUUUGGAGCUGUCUUUUUUGUAGAUCUGUAUAGUUUUGUAAUAUACAAGUUGUGUAAGGUUAUCAAGAUGUAUACAUGUGAUAAACCAUAGCUGCAUGUGUUAAUAAUACUUGCACAAUAAUAUGUGAGUGAUCAUGAUACUGUGCUAAGUAGUAUAGUGGAGAGUUUUCAAUCUUUCUUUUAAAUGUACAUUGCAGAUUCCUAGUUUCAAAAUUGAUACAUUCUAUACUUCAGAAUCAUACAUUCAUACUUGAAUAUUGUUGUAUAUCUAUGUUUUUUGGGAUUGUUGUGUAUGUAUAAAGAGUGUGGCAAUUUUUUGGUAGAGGUCAUUGUCGGGUCAAGGUAGUCAUGAAGUGCAUGGCUUGUCUUAUAAUAGUCCACUAGAAAUGAAUUGAUUUUUCUGUGUCGGGAUUCACACUGUCAGAUGGAUUAUCUCAUGUGUUCAUGAUUUUUGCUUUCAAAUUCCUGACAACAACUCCAGUAGAAAACUAUUACAUGCACUUGACAUUGUAUCCCAUCAAUUUUUAGAAAUCUUUCACUUUCACCUUGUUAGUCCUAAAAUGGAACCACUUAAAGAUAUAGUUGGGUUCUGGUCAUGCGAUUGCAUUGUGAAAGAAACAUUGUGGAAUCGAUCAGAAAAGGUUGAUCAUCUAGCAUUCCGGUAUAAGUAUUGGUGUGUUAGUCCUAAAAUGGAACCACUUAAUAUAUGAUGUUUCAUAACCAGUAAUAGAAACAUACCCACAAAUACAUCUGAUAAUAUGAUCAUUAGCCAUUUUUAAAAUAUCACUUGGUUUAAUAAAAACAGGUUCUAGAAUGCAGGAAAUCUUAAUUGGUUGAUUGACACCAUGUGACCAUGCAUCAUUUUUCCUACCACACCUAUCUCUGCAAAACGGUGAUACUGUUGGAUACUACAGAGCAUAUCUGUGGCGCAUACAAAAUUUAAGCCCCAAUGAAAUGCACAUAGUUUCAAAUGGAAAAGACAUUGAUGCACCUAUUACACUGUUUGGCUGCACUAAAUGUAAUGUGGUGUCAUGUCAUGCAAAUGAGAAAAUGGCGAUCCCAUGACUGUGUGAUUCUUGGAAAUCUGAUCGGGUUUGUUUCUUAUAUCUUGAGUUUAAUUUCAUUUUGUUGACCCGUUUUAUGAAACAAAUAAUUCAUUUUUUAAAGAUCAUGCGUUCAUGGUGCAUUGCACUGCACUUGGUCAAGCCACAAUGAGCCAGUUAAUUGUAGGUCAUUAUCACGAUGUGACUUAACCUGCAUGCAGUGCAUAUUCACAAUCGCACUGCAAACAUGAAUUAUUUGUAUACUGUUAACUAUAUCACCUGCAAGUCAACCAAAUACAAUACACACAGCUAACAAUUUAGACUAAUGUCUGACACUUUACAAAUUUUUAAUUUUGUAUUUCUAAACCUUUUAAUGGCUGGCCCCUCCCACACUCCACCUUCUGUAAUGGCAAGUAUUAAUACUACUAAUAAUAUUAUUAUUAAGAAAUUAUUAAGAAAUUUGUAACUUUCAUAUGAACAAAUCUCCUUUUGUUUUGUUAAAGUAACUAUUGUACCUUUGGGUUAGAGGUUGUUUUGUAUACUUUGAGUUGAGGCUGUGGUCCAGUAUAGGCUGUUUUCCAUUUGGUACAUACAUGGGAUUAACUAAUAUUUUGUUUUAACUAUGUAAUAAAUGAGAACAGGAUGUCUAUGACUUGAUUACAUGUCUAUUUAUGGCCUACAACAAAUGUUAUUUUUGUGCAAUUAAGUUGUAUCCUGAACUAUAAAAUGUAGUUUAUCAUAGACCCAUGUUAUUUUCAUAGCUUUUGUAAUCAUUGAUAUCUGUUUAUCAUGGUAUGAGUUAUUCUGAUCAAAUAUUGAAUAAAAUUACAUAUACAUUUCAUCAGUAUACUGUAAA